GCCAUCUGACUGCAUUUAAAACGGCAACAAAAAUCUCAAGAAAUUUAUAUGUUAACUUUUAAACAUUGCUACUUAUCUAAGUUUGUGCAACACAAAGAAAACUCCUGCCCACUGCCCCAAGAGGCAAAAUUAUAUCAUUAUGUCCAUGAAGAUAGCUUGACAUAGCUCGCUUGCCGAGAACAAGGCCGAACAGCUGUUUUGUUCAUUGGCAAAAAAAACAAAAAGCAAAAAAAAAAAAUCGAAAGAGAAAAUAAAAGGAAAGGAGGUGGGCAAAAAAAUAGCCAACACUGCGAAUAAACAACUAGAGUGGACAAAACUCGGAAAGAAAUUCGAUUCUUUUUCUCAGGAAGCACAAAAUGCAGAGUAGUUGGAAUGACUACGAGGAUGAGGAGGCGGCCAUGGCGGCUCCAGCUCUCUCAGGAGCUGGUGGACCCAAUCGUAUUAGUGCUAAGGGACCACGUAUAUUUGGUGAUAUUACAACAAAUCGUUUAUGGACAUUUCGGGUCCUAAUGCACGACGAGUUGGCUCCAAAUGAACAAUUGGCCAUUGUGGGUAAUUGUGAAUCCUUGGGCAAUUGGCAGCAUGCGGGAGCAGUUCUAAUGCAGAAAGACGAUACAAGUAAAACAAAAAAGAAAGAGGAGAAGCUAUACGCUGAUAACGACGACGCUCACGACGCCGACGACGACGUGGAAGAUGAGGAGGAGGAGGCCGAAAACAAUCUAUGGUCAGCUGAUGUUUAUAUACCUAGACAUUGCUCGACAGAAUUUCGUUAUAUGAUCUGUACAGUGGAUUCAUCGACAGGUGAUAUCUUUAUUCGUCGCUGGGAGACACAUUUGAAGCCCCGCCUCAUUCAGGAAUUGGAUGAUCCCAAGGCUAACAAUAUGGAUAUCUUUGGUUCAUUUAAUGGUCAGUACAAAGUAGAUCGAGGCUGGUUGACCAAGGAAACUUUGGUGCAACUGAAAUUCUUCUAUGCCCCCUUCACUUGGAAGCAACGUAUGAAACGUCGUCACGUCCAUGUCAAGGUGACACCCAUGAAUCUAAGAAUACCCAGUCAUGGUAAUAAUGGUGACAUCUCAACGCUAGAGGAUUCCCUUUCGAAUGAUACCCAUGAUACCAAGGAGACCUUGAACGGGGGCAAUGGUGAAAAUGGUGCUGUCUUUAGCGAGGUUGUCACCUUGAGCCCGGAUGAAUGUACUCUGCGUCAGCAAGAGCAGUUUGGUUCACUUUGUGGUCCCAACGAUUUGGUUAUAUUUCAUUUAACUGUAAAUGAUUUGGAAAAUACCGCCUACCUGAUCGAUCUAUAUACCUAUAGUUCGCGUGUGGCCAAAGAGGAUGGCCCUCCCCUGCAUGUGGGUUAUCAUUAUGUCUUGCCCAAUUUGAUGAAACGUUCCGAGGGUAAUCUGGAGUUGCCCAUUACCUGUGCCAAGGGUCAUCGUCCCUUGGGCAUGAUGCGCCUGGGUUAUCUGAUAGUUAAACCCUCUGCCACUGCCUCCAAUCUGAUGGACAUGAGUGUCAGCUACUCACGCUAUUGGAAUAACAAAUGGACUGGCCUGGAUGUGGGUCAUCGCGGCUCGGGCACAAGUUUUAAGGCCAAGGAUGCGGUUAUUAGAGAGAAUACCAUCACCUCAUUGAAAAAUGCAGCCGAACAUGGUGCCGAUAUGGUGGAGUUUGAUGUCCAACUGAGCAAGGAUCUAGUUCCGGUGGUCUAUCAUGAUUUCAUGAUCUAUGUGUCACUUAAAUCCAAGUGUAGCAUGCAGGAACACGACUUUCUGGCUUUGCCCAUGAGAGAGUUAUCACUGGAACAGUUGAAGAAACUGAAAGUCUAUCACACCGCCGAGGGUCUAUCGCGGGAAACACGCUCCUUUCACAACGAUGAUAUGGUGGAGCAUCAGCCAUUUCCACAAUUGGCGGAUGUUAUGGAUGCUCUGGAUAUUCAUGUGGGUUUCAAUAUCGAGAUCAAAUGGUCACAACGUUUGCAAGAUGGCCGCAUGGAAGAGGAAUUCGAACAUGUUGUGGAUCGUAAUCUUUAUAUCGAUUGUAUAUUGGAUGUCGUGAUGCGUAAAGCUGGCACACGACGCAUUGUUCUGUCAUGUUUCGAUCCGGAUAUAUGUACAAUGUUGAGAUUCAAGCAAAAUCGUUAUCCUGUCAUGUUUCUCACCCUUGGCACGACAACGAAAUAUGAGAAAUAUAUGGAUCCGCGUGGAAAUUCCAUGGAGCUGGCUGUGUGGCAUGCAGUGGCCAUGCAAUUGCUGGGAAUUGUGGCGCAUACGGAGGAUUUGCUGCGUGAUCCCAGCCAGGUGAAUCUGGCCAAAGAGCGUGGCCUCGUCUUGUUCUGUUGGGGCGAUGACAACAAUUCCAAAGACACCAUCAAAUUGUUAAAGGAAUUGGGUCUUCAUGCCAUUAUCUAUGACAAAAUGGAUGUAUUGACCAGCAAGGAGGUGAAGCAAAGUGUCUUUCAUUUGCAAGCCAAGGACAGCCAAAAGGAGCUACUCAAAUUGCAGGCUCUGGAAACGGGACAUGUCUGGCAUACCUCGGCAAAUGGUAGUGAGGAACAACAGGCUUAACCCAUGGACAUUUUCUUCCGCCUGCUAACAUUUACGUAUAUGCAUUAACUUAUCAAAUCAAUUUAAACUAUAUACAUUUAUACAAACAUAUGUACAUCCUAGGCGCAUCUGUAAAUCAUCUAGCAAAAUUUGCAUUUCUUUUCAAUUUUACUUACUAUAAGGCCUGCUGCUGAACCAAAUCUGAAGAAAUCGGAGCAAAGUCUGGCUUUAGCUCUAUAUCUUAAAAAAUUAAACAAUUUGUGCUUAAUUUUUCCCAA